GCUGUGAAUUAUUAUCACAGUACGGUUAUAGUGGCAUAUUUUAUUACUAUUAUGGAUUGUUUCCUGACACAAAAUCAAAAUGAGAUAAUGCUUUUUGUUUUUGGAAGAGAGAAAUGUGUGUGUCAAGGAAAGCCAAGGAGUAGUUGAGGAUUUUAAUUCUUACUGUAAGCUAGUAGUAUCUUUUUCUCCCUGAUACACACUUUUCUAGACACAAAAACACUUUCUCGCUUUAGGCUUUCUUCCUCCCUGAGAUCAUCGAUCAGUUUGAUUAAAGGUAACAAUGGCUGAAGAAGAGGUUCCAGAUUUCGAUGCUCUGUUGUUUAAAGCCAACAUUCUCAUGGGAGAGAUUCUUGAGGAUCAGCGCAUACGCUUCCACAAGGUACAUGAUGAUAUUGUUAAGCUGAAGACAGGAUACCUUCUGUUUAACAAGAAGUGGGCCGGGAAGGGUAAACCCAUGGAGAAUUGUGGUCAAAUUCUGGGUGAAGCACUAAAACGUACUAUGCAAUUGGCAAAUAAGCUGUAUGCGCAUGAAAAUUUCCUCUCUGUUCUCGUUCCACCCUCAACUGCUUCCAUUUUGAAGCUUCGGUUCACCAUUGACAAGAUCCGUGGCCAAUCCAAUGGCAGUCACUCCCACGCCUACUCUUUGGAGGACAUGUUGGAGAAUCUUUCCAACUUUGAGGUACAAGCAACUCGUCAUUCCUACAUUAAAAGCAGGAUUGAGAUCAUCCAGAAUGGUGGAACUCAGGGAAAUUUCCCCAAGUGGCGUGUCUUUGCAGGAGCCAAUGUUUCCCUCUGUAAGCCUUUCUCGUUACAUAGUACUUCUGAUGUUAAUCUCUCUCUCUUCAUUUCAGUUCGGCAACCCAUCAAUGUUUAGAAGUGGUUGAAAUUCUUUUUUGGUCUGUUGUUAGUUUCGUCCCCCCAUUUUUUAUGCUUUAGAAAAAAAAACCUUUUUAGUUACUGCCUGCUUUCUGUUUCCAUGUUCUCUUGUAGUCCCCGCAGGCCCCCAUAAGCCUCCAGUGGACAAGGGGAAGACAAUUGUUGGAGGUUCAAGCACACACACAACCCCAAGUUCAACCCACAAGUAAUUUGUUGGAAGAUAGAUCAGUUGACCUUUUUAUGAUUUAGUCACUUGAAGAGGCAGGGGUGCGUGUUUGGAAGCUGGAACUAAAGUUUUUUUUUUAUGCUUGUUUUAGAGAAUUAGUCUUUUUUUUUUUUGAAGAUUUAAAAACUAAUUUCUAUGAGUGUUCUAGUGAACUGGUCUCUAGUUUAUAUUCUACUCUUAAAGAAUGAAGAAGGCUUUCAGCCUUGCAUUUGUUUCUUGUUUACCGACUUGGCGUUUUGAUGCAAGGAAGAAGUAAUGUUAAAAGAAUGAUAUUCAAG